AUGGCGGAACAAGCGGUCGAAAAGAGUUCGCCUGAAAAUGACGAUUCGAAGUUGGAAAAUGGUGAAAAGAAGAAAGAGGACCUGACAUUUGAUCCAGAAUUCUUCAGUUGUAUGCUUCAGCCUUCGCCUUCAGAUUCUGAUUCUGAUCCCAAUUACAUUGGAAUCCGCCGCCUCCUCCUCUUUCGUAAAGCUCAGUCUGGUGUCUUACGCCGCAAGGAUUGGAGAUGUAAUGGAAAAGGUUACGUUGCCUUUCGUAAUUACAUUAAUAGGCCGAGAAAUUGGGAAGGUUUACAAACACCGAGUUACCCUAGUACUCCAGGACAGAGUGGACGAUGGAUGCCAUCUACAAGUCCACCCUCCCAUUUGUUUGAGGUGGACAGCUGGGGUACAAGCAGGGAUUUACGAAGUGGUGAUCGAGCAUUGAGUUUCCGCACAAGUGUCAGUUCAAACGCGAGUGAUACAGAGCUCCCACGUAGAAGGGGCGAACCUGCAUAUUCCUUUGUAGGAAUGCACUGCAUUUUUGACCAGUGCAAGGCCAUGGUUACGGUCAUAAAGUUUGGGCACAUGAGUUCUGAUCUACUUGCCUAUGGAGCAUCAGAUGGAAGCUUGACUGUAUGCACUGUUUCUACGUCACCUACAGUUCUCAAGCGGUUAGCAGGACAUACAAAAGAUGUCACAGAUUUUGACUUCUCAGCUAACAAUCAGUACAUCACAUCUUCCUCAAUCGACAAAACUGUGAGAGUAUGGGAUAUCUCGAAAGGCCUUUGUAUGAGGGUGAUUUAUGGAGUUUCACCAGAACUUUGUAUUCGUUUCCAUCCGGUGAACAAUAAUUUUCUUUCAGUUGGCAAUGCAAACAAAGAGAUAAUGGUGUUCAAUUUCAGCACUGGAAGAACAAUCAGUAAAGCGACCUUUGACAGUGAGGUUACUGCUAUGGACCAUGACCACACUGGUCAGAUUAUUUUCUGCGGUGAUGCUAAGGGAUAUGUAUACACAGUUAGGAUGGACUCACGUACAGGUGCCUUAUCUAGGUCUCAUCGUAAUAAAAGUAGCAGCAAGCAAAAUUCUCCAGUCACUACUGUGCAGUACAGAACCUUUUCUUUGCUUGCCCGAGGUCCUGUGUUGCUAACUUUUUCUCAAGAUGGAAGUUUGUCUUUCUUCAGCGUCUCUUUGGAGAUACAAGGUUAUUUGACUGUUCGUUGUACACUUAAAUUGGCUCCACGACUGCAUAGCAUUCGCGCCUCUUUCUGUCCUCUACUUUCUCUUGAGAAGGGAGAAUUUAUAGUUGCCGGGAGUGAAGAUGCUAAUGUCUAUUUCUACGAUUUAACUCGACCAAAGCACACGUGUGUAAACAAACUACAGGGUCAUGGCUACCCGGUUAUAGGCAUUGCUUGGAACCAUGGAGAGAAUUUGUUGGCUUCUUCAGAUUUUGGUGGAACCGUCAUUGUAUGGAAAAGAGCAAAGACAAGUUGA